AUGUCACGUUACGAUAUUGUCUUAUACGGUGCCAGCGGUUUCACUGGGGCUUACGUUCUUAAAUUAUUGCUUGAAGAACAGAAACAACACAAUGUGAGCUUUGCUAUAGCAGGGCGUAGUGAAGUUCGGUUAAAGAAACUGCUCCAAAAUAUAAGUCAAGAAUUGGGCAAAGAUUUGCAAAAUGUUUCUAUAAUUACUGCCAACAGUUAUGAUGAAUCUACACUCGCAGCAAUGGCGAAUCAAGCAAAGGUCAUCAUAAAUGUCGUUGGUCCUUAUCGAUUGUAUGGAGAAGCAGUUGUAAAGGCUGCUGUGGAAAAUGGUGCUAGCUAUGUAGACAUUUCGGGAGAACCUGCGUUCUUGGAGUCGAUGCAAAUGAAAUAUGGUAAUAUUGCUCAAGAAAAAGGUCUAUAUGUUGUUGGUGCAUGUGGUUGGGAUAGUAUUCCUUGUGAUUUGGGUGUUAAUUUCCUGAAAGAGAAAUUCAGCGGUCAGCUGAAUCAUGUUGAAACAUUCGUCCAACUAAAUACAGGACCUGCGGGUUAUUCAUUCAAUGCGGGCACAUAUCGCACUUUAGUUUUGGGCAUGGCAAAUAUGAUGACUGAUGGCUUGGGUAAAAUAAGACGAAGUAUCAUGCCAGAACGCUUACCAAGAAGCUCGUUCCGAGCACCGAAGAGAGGAACUUUUUGGUUUAAUGAGAAGGUUGAUGGUUGGUGUCUUCCGUUUUACGGAUCAGAUAAAAGUGUCGUUACUCGAUCUCAAUAUUUUGACUAUAAGCUCCGCACUGUUUUACCAGUCCAAGUGGAAACAUUUAUUCGAGUCAAAUCGUUUAUUUGGGCUUGUCUACUUUCUCUAUGGCUUGUUGUUUUUUCCGCUGCUGCCAAAAUGUCAUUUAUGAAAAAUUUUUUGCUGGCAUAUCCAGGAUUAUGCAGUUUUGGCAUGUUCAAGGAUUCGGGACCUACAGUUAAGCAAGCAUCGUUUACUUACUGGUUCUUUGGUACUGGUUGGUCAGAAAGGCAUAGCUCUUUUGAUGAGUACACUGUUAAACCAACUAAACAGAUGGUAGCUCGUUGUGUCGGUCCGGAUGCCGGAUACAUUUCAACUUCAGCCUGUGUAUUAGCUGCUGCGUUGUCGUUACUCAAUGAUGCUGAUAAACUUCCACAAGGAGGUGUAUACACAUCAGCGGCAGCAUUCAAAGACACAGGGAUCUAUGAUCGUCUCGAAAGAUAUGGUGUUCGAUUUGAAAUUGUUGACGAGCUUCAUUGA